UAGUGUUCUUUAUUAUUUUAUUUACUGGUACAGUGCAGAGUAGGCUCUUUUGCUCUUUGAGCUCUGUAACCCCUGAUAAACUUGAUUAACGCUAACCUAAUCACGGGCAAUUCACAUUGACCAAUUAACCCAGCCAGUAUGUUUGGAGUGCGGGAAGAUCCCGGAGCACCCGGGGAAAGCAGGCCGAUUCCAUGGGGAGGAUGUACAGAGGCUCCGUACAGAAUGCCGCUGUAAUUGAACUCUGGAACUCACCAAGCUGUAAUAGUGUCGCGCCGUCUGCUACGCUACUCGAGACAUGAUGGGCUAAAUGGCCAUGUUCUAUGUUGCAGAGUUCCAAAACAAUCUCUGUAGCGGUGGGGGUGGGGAGAACGCACAUCCACGUUUAAGCGUUGCCACCUUUCAUUCAUUCGUAUUCCUGAGGGUUCACUACACUUCAAAUCAGCCAACAAACACUAUUCUGUCAUUGGUUCGGGAAUAUAUCCAACUCUGCAGCUGUGUGUUGAUUGGAAAGCAAAUCCAAACUGGGCGAAUGGUGGCUGGUGGUCAACAGAACUUAUUCACAUCUCCACUCAGUUUAAGUAAUACACCAGUAUUAUUAAAGGAAGUGAAAUUCUUUGAUAACAUUAUUCAUUUAAAAUUGUGUUUUACCUUGAUUAUUAACUACAGCACUGCUCGAGCAUUAUAUCCUUUCUCUCUGGACUCCAGCCCAAUAUUGCACAUGAGCAAUCCUAUCCAUCUUGAGUCAUACGACAGAAACACAAGAAUUGUUAUGGCACAGAAAAAAUGUCUUUUGCCCUAAAGGCUCUAUUCCAGCUCUGGGAAGAGCUAACCUGUCACAUCCACUACAGAAGCAUCAAGUCCCACACCACCAGGAUCAAGAACUUGAGAGUUCCAGCAACUAUCAGGUUCUUGAAGCAAACUGCACAGCACUAACUCUAGAUCAGCAAUAGAACAUUAUGGAUCAGCUCUUGCACCACUGUGGCCUGACUGUGUCUUUUUAAAUACCUUAGCACCUUGCAGUCUAAACAGUCUUUUUUUCAUUCCUUUUUCACUGUCCUGUAUAAUUAAUGCACAGUUUGUAUUUCGUGCACUAUCUGUGCCCGUGAUACCGCUGCGCUGCAUCAAACUUUUGCUUACUGUGUUUGUGCAUGAGACUUAACUCAACUUGAACUUAAAAUGUCAACGAUUUCUCCCCCCCACCCCCGACAGAUGCUGCUAGACCUGCUGAGUUCCUUCAGCAGAUUGUUUGAUGCUGGAGAUCCCUGCCUCAGCAGUUUCCUGUGUCACCACUUACAUUAUCAUGUUCUUCCCCACAGUCCUAUGUAACACUUUCUUUCAAUUACCCACCCAUUCCCUUUUGGAUGGAGGCACAAGAAGACUGCAGAUGCUGCCAUCUGGAGCAAAAGAUGAAGGGAAAUAUCAAACUUCUACUUUCCUCUACAGAUAUUGCCUGGCCUGAGUUUAUCCACCAGUAUGUUUUUUGCUCCCUUUUGAAUACUCUGAUUGGCUCCAUUUCCACCAUCCUGAGGGCUGAGUGCUGAGAAAUGGUAGAUCUUCAAUCUUUACAGAUAAAUCGGGUUGAAUUUGGUGUCGUGUCUCCUGUGUGUCAAGGUUCUCGUUUUUUCACCGCAAAUUGCAUAUAUGACCAGCUCCUAUCUGGUGUCAUAAACAGAAUGGAUGAUAGGAUGGUGUGCAGGUUGUGUCCUCGUUAUCGCAAUGUCAUAAACUUGGAAGCUGACUGUGCCCAGAUUAGCUGUAGUUACUACUUCAAAAAAUAUACUUCUGAGAUGUGAAGUCUCAUCUAGAAGGCUUGAAAACUUCCGUGAAAAUGCAAACCUAUCCUUUUGCCACUCGAUCCACGCAGACGCCCCGCGUUGUUCCUGUGUCAGGAGUGAUCCCAUUACCUCUGCAAAGUUCCUGUUGACUCCUCCCAAGCAGCGAGCUCCAAAUCGCACUUGCUGCAGAAAAGUAAAAUACUUCUUGUACUGUACACACUUGUGUUUUUAUUACUGUUCUUCAGCGGCGCUAAAUUCGGUGAAAGGACCGCUGGCUCUCGCCGUGCACGACUGGCGCGCCCUCCGGCUCUCUCGCAGCAGGGCUUCUGCGUCAUCGCCGGUGAACCCGUGCCCUCUGACCUCCCCCCGGUCGUAGCUGACGCGGUGACGGCGACGGUCGGUCGGGAAGUUGGAGCGGCGGCAGAAUGAGUUGGAUUCCUUUCAAGAUUGGUCAGCCCAAGAAACAGAUUGUGCCAAAGACCGUAGAAAGAGAUUUUGAACGAGAAUAUGGCAAGCUCCAGCAGCUAGAAGACCAAAUUAAGAAGCUUCACAAAGAUAUGAAGAAGAGUACCGAGGCAGAUGUGGCAAUGUCAAAAUCCGCAGUGAAAAUUUCAUCAGAUCUGUUAGCCAACCCUUUGUGUGAUCAAGAUCAAACUUUCAUGGAGACGGUGACUGCUCUGGACACUGCGAUGCGCAGAAUGGACGCCUUCAAUCAGGAGAAGGUCAAUCAGAUUCAGAAAACGACCAUUGAACCCUUAAAAAAGUUCAGUAAUGUUUUUCCAAGUCUCAACAUGGCUGUAAAGAGACGAGAACAGAUCUUGCAGGAUUACAAAAGAUUGCAAUCCAAAGUGGAAAAGUAUGAAGAGAAAGAGAAAUCUGGUCCUGUGAUUGUGAAGCUUCACCAGGCAAAUGAAGAGCUAAGGCCGGUUCGUGAAGAUUUUGAAGCCAAGAACAAGCAGCUUCUUGAGGAGAUGCCAAAGUUUUACAACAGUCGCAUUGACUACUUUCAGCCAAGCUUCGAGGCUCUGAUCCGUGCACAGGUUGUAUAUUACACAGAAAUGUCCAAGAUAUUCGGAGACCUCACUGGCCAAAUUGACCAGCAGGGUAUCAGUGAUGAAGAACGGCAGAAGGAGAACGAAGCUAAGCUCAAUGAGCUGCGGGCUCUCUCCAUUGUGGCGGAUGACUGAACUGGAAAAGCUGUACAUGAACUGCAUACUGAUUUGAUACUGGCUUCAGUUUCUGGUGUUUAGAAUAAUCCAAUCAAUGUGUAAGUGAGGAAUCAUUUGAGAAACUUAGGAAAAUAUGGAACAUCUUUGGAUAAUGAUCCCAAUCCUGGAUUUUUAUUCUGUUCCCCCUGUCUUUGUGUGUCUAAGCCAAAGAAUAAUCUCUCUGGGUUUUAUCAGUCCUCGGUUUGACGGUACAGUACAAUUCAUACUUGUUCCCUCCUUGCUGGGAAGUGCCUGGCUUUCAGUUCCUGCCUAUCCUGCAAAGCCUGUUUUGGAGGGAGUGGAUGAACCUUUCCAUUCCUUGGAGAGUUGGAAGGAACAAUCGGUUUUAAUUCUGGGGAAAAUUAACUGCUCAAGAGUUAAAUGGUGAAGUACCCCACCUUUAUAUUAAGAAGCACCCCAACUCCCAGACUGGACCAAAUGUCCAGCAAGCUGAUUAUAAACCAUUCACUGAGUCUGUAAUAACUGGCAGUGGCCCACUAAUGUUAUUUUGAGCAGAGAAUCUGUGUGUUUUAGUGAGAGAGAGAGAGAAUAUUGUAGUUCAUUUGAAAAAAUCUAAUCGAUAUACAACCCUGAAUUUAGAAGUAGAAUAAGUAGGUCACUCAGAGGCCCCAGUCCUGCUCUGUCGUUCAGUACAAUUAUUACUGAUCUGAUCUUUGGUCUCAACUCCAUUUUUCUUACCUGUCUCCAGAAGACUGGAUUCCUACUUAAUUCGAAUAUUUUUGCAUCUCAGCCUUUAACCACAGAACUGUAAUAUUCCAAAAAUUCACAACCCUCUGAAGGGAGAAAUUCUCCCUCAUCGCAGCCUUAAAUAGUGGCGCGGCACACUGAGAAUCUGGCCCUGGUUCUGGACUCUGAUAUCAGAAGAGAUGCUCUCAUCAUCACCAUUAUAUGCCGAGUUGUAUGACAUAGGCCACCAUGGUCCCAUGAGCAUGAUUGUUCUUGGCAAAUUGUUCUGCAGAAGUGGCUUUACAAGACAGGUGAUGCCAGCCGUUAACAAUACACUUCAGGAAUUGUCUGCCUGGCGCCAGUGGUCACAUAACAGGGAUUUGUGAUAUGCACCAGCUGCUCAUACGACCAUCCACCACCCCCCCUGUGGCUUCAUGUGACUCUGAUCGGGGAGCUAAUCAGGUGCUGCACUUUACCCAAGGAUGACCUGCAGGCUAAUGGAGGGAAUGAGUGCCUUACACCACCUUUGGUAGAAAUGUAUUUCUACCCUGCCAUCCUGAUGCUCUCAGAGCACCCACUAAAUAUAGUUUCAAUCAGAUCCCAGUUUGUUUAGCUGACCUGCAGUCAAUCUGGGAUCAAUCUGGCCAAACUUUAGUUCCUGAAUGAACCCCUCAUCCCAUCAAUCCGCAAACUUUCACAUCCUCACCUCAAAGUCAACAAUAUCCUUUCUUUACUAAGAAAACCACAGCUGUAUGUAGUCACUGAGUGUGGUCUCAACCAAAACCAUGUGAAGUAAUAGCAAUAGUUCCCUUGAAUUUUCUCUGCAAUAAGAGCUCAUCGUUCCUAUUUUCCUUCCUCAUUGCUUGCAUAUUAACUUUGUGCUUCUAGAAUGAACUGUAAUACUUAAUGUUUCACACUACUUCAAUAUUGUUCCACCUUUUUAUUCUUCCUACCAAAAAUAGAAUUUAUUUUCUGAAGUUUAAUCACAAUUUUGAUUUCCUUUGGCUUCUCCUUUCCUUUCCAGUCCUGAUGAAGGGUCAUGGCCCGAAAGAUUGACUGUUUAUUCUCCUCCCUGGAUGCUGCCCGGCUUGCUGAGUUCCUCCAGCAUGUUGUGUGUUGCUUAAAAUUUAAUACUCCGUUUGCCAUGUUUUUGCACACUCCUUUAAACAUUCUACAUCCUUUUGCAUGGUACUCGAGUCAUUCAGCUCAGAAACGUGUCUGUUCCAGCUAUCAAGUACCCAUCCAUAGUAAUCCCAUUUACCAGCACUUGGUCCAAAGCCUCGGCAAUUCAAGUGGUAGUCUAGAUAGAGAGUAUCUUCUUCCACCACCCCCUCAGGCAGUGCGUUCCAACCUCUCCCCACAUCCCCUCAGGAGAAAAUGUCCUUUCUCAGAAACCCUUUUAAACCUCUUACCCUUUACCUAAGCAUAUGACUUCUCAUUAUAGUUUCCUCUGUUGUGGGGUAAUGUUUCCAGCUAUCGACCCUAUCUUAUGCCUCAGCCUCCUAUGCUUGAGGGAAAACAAGCACAGCCUAUCCAUUUUUCUUCAUAACUGAGGCACUGCAUCCCAGGCAACGUCCUGGUGAGUCUCCUCUGCACCCUUUCCAAUGUAGUCACAUCCUCCUAUAUUGUGGCAAUCAGAACUGUACAUAAUACUUAGUUGUGGCCUGGUCAAUAUACCGCAACUUCUUUACUCUUAUAUCCUAUGGCCCUAUCACCUUCAGGAAGACUUGACAUGUACACUGAGAUCCCUUUGCAACAUUCCCUCUACUUUUUUUUUAUGGUUGCAUGAACCAACCAUUCCCCUGAGCAGGAAAAUUUUUACAUGGCCUGAAAACUGUAACAGCAAAGGCUGUGUGCUUGGAAACAUUUCAGUUACUGCACAGCCACGCACUCACACAGCUUAGAGGGAACGGUAUCCUUUUGUUAAUCAAUAAUCUCUUAAAGGCACUAUCGUGCGUCAUGUAUGCCCCACUCUUCCCAAACUGCAUCACCUCGCUCAGCCUGUCUUACCAAUAGAUCAUUUUUUAAAUUCAGACCACAAGUCAGACCAAAAAUUGAAACCACUGAAUUUUUUAUGUACCAUCUGCAAAUUUACUGAUCACACCCCUUCAUUCUUAUGUAUAUUGUCAGUAUAUAUAGCACACAUUUAGGGUCCAAGUACCUAACCCUGUGAUGCACCACUGGUUUCAGAAUUCCACUUACAGAAACAUCUCUCUGCUUCCUAUUACCAAGCCAGUUUUGAUCCCAUUUAUUAACUUGCCCUGGAUCCCUUGGGCUCUAAUGUUUCAACCACUAUCUAUCUGGGGCCUUGUCAAAGUCCUUAACAGAAAUCCAUGCAUCUGUUCCACUCCCCUCAUCAAUACAUUUUACUUCUCUUUGAAAAAUGUAAUCAUAUUGGUCAGACAGGAUCUCUUCCUAACAAAAUAAAGCUGAUUACCUUUAAUUAAUCCUUGCCUUAGUCCUGUCUCCCAGAAAUUCUUUCCAAUAACAUCUCUGCCACUGCAUUAGACUUACAAGUAUGUAAUUAUCUGGCUCAUCCCUGCUUCCCUUCUCGAAUAAAGCUAGCACAUUUGCUGUCUUCAGGUCACCUGGCACCUUUAUUGUGCCAGUGAAAAUAUACACGUCUCUGUCUACAACCCCUGCAAUCUUCUCCUUUGCUUUCUCUAGCAAACUCUUCAGGGCCAGGGGGUGGGGUGGGGGAUAUCCCUUGUAAGGCCACUAAGACAUCAAAAUGUUCCUGCUUUUGAAUAAUAUGUUCAAGAAAUUCUGAAUACAACAUCCACUGGCUCCCAUUUACCUACUCCAUCAUGUUCAAAGAGCUCUAAAAAAUUAUAGUCAAACUUUCCUUAAUAAAAAAAAGCUGACUCAAUCUAAUAAUCUUCCGCUUUCCAAAGUACAUUGUUUUUGCUUCCGGUAUAAUGAAUAACUGUAUAUAACACAGAAUCAUUUUGAAUGUAACUUAAGGCACUUUAUAUGAAAGAAAUUUACCAUUCAACUCCCCCCCCCCGCCCACCCCCAUGAUGCCCAAAGUGCAGUUCAGAAUCUGAAUGUGACUCUGGUCCUUAAAAUCCAGCCCGGCCAGAGACCCCUCAAUUGCAUUGUUGUUGAAUGACCCUGAGCCAGAACACUAAAACUCUGCACUAGCUGAGGUUUUGAGGUCCUUUUAAAUUGCUGAAUCUAAUUUUUAUGUGGGGUCCAUAUUACAAUUUGGAUAACACCUUCUCCUGCCAACCCUACCCACUCUUACUGAAGCAACACACACAAAAUGCAGGUGGGAUGCAGCAGGCCAGACAGCAUCCACAGGAAGUAGCCUGUGCUUCUUCCUAUGGGUGCUGUCUGGCCUGCUGCGUUCCACCAGCACUUUGUGUGUGUUGCUUGAAUUUCCAGCAUCUGCAGAUUUCCUCGUGUUUCCACUCUUACUGAAGUCAUUUUUGCACUUUGAAAUUAAGCACACAUAUUGUCAAUUUUUUUUUUACCCAUUCCAAAAUGGCUACACCGUAUGUUCCCUGGUUUCCUCUCCAUUUUGUGGCAAAUGCUCAUGAUUCAUUGCUGGAGAAAUACCUUGCCGCUGUUGAGCAAUUAGCACUCUGAGCACGUGUAACCCAGGCACAGAACGAGGUCAGUGUGGGACUGCACUUCCGAUCAAAGCUGACGGUGAUUGUUGUUUGAUUGAUUGUUCCUGAUGUAAUGGGAAAAAAUGAAGAGCCCUGUGAAAGCUGGUCAUUUUGCACCUAAAGGUAGCUUCAGUGGGAUGUAAUUUUGUAACAUUUGUAAAUAUAAUUGGAUGCUGUGUUUUCUGCAUUAAAAGUUAAUUUGACUAUGGUAGCACAAGUCUUCCUUACUCUGGGAACAUCUAUCUAGCAGGGGCAGAGUGGUCAAUACUGAGAAAUGGGGUUUUUCAAACCACUUUCCCAGGGACAGUGCAGAGAGAUGCAGUGGUUCUCACAAGGACUUCUGCUCCUGUCAAACCCACAAGUUGAGAAGAAGAAAUAAGUCAGAGCAGGUUACCACUGGCAGGUUCGUGAAAACAUUGCAGUCCAACAGGAAGCACAUCACGAGAAGCGCAAGAAUUUGCCAUCAGGUGAGAAGGAUAAGGCUGGAAGUUCAAAUGUAUAAUCGGAGUGUAUAUACCUUAUAAAACCUUGAGAUUCAUCUUCUUGUAGGCACCUACAAUAGAAUCCACGGAAAACCACACACAACAAACAUCCAACGUGCGAGUAGGAAAAAUAAACAGGUAAUACAUAGAACCCGAGCUGCAGUCCACAGCUGCGGAGUUAGCUCAGAGCUGAGGCAACUGAAGCCAGAGUGGGACCCCAAUAUCUGCAGAGCAACAACUGCUCCCGAACCUGGCGGUGCAAGACCCAAGCCUCCUGCACUUCCACCUGAUGGUAGGAAUGAGAAGAGAGGGAGAUGGAUGAAACGUAGACAGAUGGUGGUAAUGGGGUCCUGCUCCUCGACUCUUUAAUCGGCGCAGAAUAAUGGAGCUGAGCAUGGGUGUAUCUAGCGCCCCAGAUGCAGCUACAUUCUUGCGAGUCAAGAUCGCACAAUCGCUAGUUUGCCUAGACGGUUCAAAAGCACACUUCCUAAAGGGAAAUUACAGGUUGCAGAUUGAUGAGAAGAAGUGUAUCUAGUAGUUUUAUGAGCUGCCCAUAUAAUGCUGCUUAAUGUCGCCGGCUGCAUCUUGGAAAGGUAAUGCCGAGGCGUUUGAUGAUCACAGUGAUUUCAUACAGCAAUAUGGAAAUAGAACAUAGAAUAAUGGAUCACUGAGCUUGCUUUACCAUUCCCACAAUCAACCAUCCGUCUUCUUUCUCAUCGUAUCUAUUUUUUCCUUCUCUUUGAACCAUCUCCUUCUCGUGUAUAUUUAAGGAUGAUUACCUCCGUUAAUGAAUCCCAAAGGUCCUCAAGCCUCCUUUUGGAUUUACGUGGUUGAAGCAGAGGAAACAUCUCUGUUUCAGUCCUCUAGGGAUUUUUAUAAAUUUCUACAUUAUCACUCUGUUUCUGGCUCUUGCUGGCCUGCUUCGGACUCCGUACCUUCCAUUCAGUUUAUGGUAUUGGAGACAUUUUGUGGAAAGACAUGUUUAAGGAUUAAAUGUUUCAGUAAAAGUUGUUCGUGUUUAAUGUCUUGGCUUCCAUCAUUUAUAUUUUGCCUUUAUCUGAAAUUGAUUUGUGUCUGUGGGUUGCUAAUACUCAAUUAAUCCUAUCAUAGGAUGGGAGGUGACUGUCAUUUAAGGAAUCUACUUUAAACAAAGUAAGGGAUUGCAUAAUAAUUACAACUGGGCUCUUCCCUUAUGUACGUGAAAGCUAUUGUGUAACGUUUUCUGGCGACUUUAUUAGUAUAGUAUUUCAGUUGCCUGUCCGUACAAUACUUAGAUAUUCAACAUUAACAUUUUAAUUGCUGAAACACUAUAGAAACAAGUGUGUUUCUACUUUUGCACAAAUUAUUUCCUUAAACUUUUCCUUACAUUUCAUAAUUUGGCCCAGUCCAGAUGA